AUGUUCGGCUUCUCUCUGUUCAAGUCUUCCAAGGAGGAGGAGGCUCCCAAGGAGCCCACCUGGAACCCCAACACCCUCACCAUGGAGCAGCCCACGAGCCCUGCGGCUCCCAACCAGCAGCAGGUCGUUACCGAGCAGCCUGCCAAUCAGGAACAGAUGCAAAUGAGCUUGCGUGGCGGUGGAAACGGCGGCGGCAUCUGCUGUGGAAUUUGCGCCGGCCUCGCUUGCUUCGAGUGCUGUGAGAUCUGCUGUUAA